UACACAAUAAUAAUAAUAAAUAAAGAUGGCUGAUCCAGUAGCAGAGAAGGCACCAUCUUUCCUCACUGGGAUACAGUACGAGCACCUGGUGGCGGGGUUGACUGGUGGGGUCACUGCUACACUCAUCACUCAUCCAUUUGACCUCCUCAAACUGAGAUUUGCAGUACAUGAUGGUGUUAACAAGACGGGGAGACCCAAGUACAGAGGAGUGCUCCAUGCCAUCAAGUCUGUCAUCAGAGAUGAUGGUGUAUUGGGACUCUAUAGGGGAGCGAAUGCUCAUGUGUUCGGAUCUGGUCUGUCCUGGGGUCUCUAUUUCUUCUUCUACAAUGCUCUCAAGUUCCACUUCCAGGCGGGGGAUGUCAACCAACAGCUGAGUGCAUCUUCCCAUCUCCUCUGUGCCUCUCUCUCUGGUUCUGUCAUACUGACAAUGACCAAUCCGAUCUGGGUUGUCAAGACACGACUAUGCCUCAAGGACACUGACAGUGUACCAGAGCACAUGCGCUACAAGGGACUCAGAGAUGGUCUAGUUAACUUGUAUCGUUAUGAGGGUCUACGAGGUUGUUACAAGGGGUAUUUCCCUGGUCUACUGGGCGUGUCUCACGGUGCACUGCAGUUCAUGUUCUAUGAAGAACUGAAGAAGGCGUACUGCAAUUAUUAUAAUAUACUGCUAACUACUAAACUGGGUACAUUGGAGUACCUAAGCAUGGCUGCCAUGAGUAAGGUGGUGGCUGCCUCCCUCACUUACCCCUUCCUUGUACUGAGGGCUAGACUACAAGACCAGGACCAACGCUACACUAGUACACUCGACACGUUCAAGAGAAUACUGAGACACGAGGGGGUGAGGGGAUUCUACAAGGGACUCUCCCCAAACCUCAUUAAGGUGGUCCCAGCUACAUGCAUCACAUUCCUCAUCUACGAGAACCUGUCAGCAUACCUACUGGGACGAUGGAGAUAGUGUAGCUAACUAACUGUGUGUGUGCAUGUGAUGUUCUUAUGUCCUACAACUGUAUUUAUUUCCUUACUGCUUCUCUGUAUUAAUGAAUUGCCAUAACAAAAAAAGUAUUGUAAUCAAUGG